UUGCCCUGGCACAGAGCCCAGCAAUGGGCAGCUGCGAGAAGAACCAGCAGCUGUGCUUUCGGUUCUGAAGGGAUUCCUCAAGCGAGGGAAACGAAACCUGAGCAGCCUGCGCUUCCUGGAGGGCAGAGAUGGCUGACGCUCCUGCUUCGAAACCGGCCUUCAAGCCCAAACCCCGGAGGCCUGUCUGUGCCCUAUGCCAAGGGCCCUACAAAACUGCCGUGGUCGUCGCAGGACAGAAAUUGUGCCGGUUCUGUUUUUCUCGCGUGAAGAGGGAGGCCGCAGCCAGCGGGACUUCCCCAAAGGAUGACCGGGAGGAGAAAGGGGAGCAGGAGCAGGAGAGAGGAACUGAGGAAGAGGGGGAAUUUCAGAGUCUAUGUGAGGAGCACCGAGAAGACCUGACAUGGUUCUGCACAAAGGAAAAGGCUCUCUUAUGUGAGACCUGCAAGGCCUCCGAGGCUCAUGCCUCUCAUUCCGUGGUGCCUGUUGAAGAUGCUGCCCAGGAAUACCAGGGGAAGCUGCAACAUGCCGUAUCUUUGCUCACUCGACAACUGCAAGCGUCUGUGGAGCAGAAAUACAAGGAAGGGAAGAAAACAGCUGUGUGGAAGGACAAGGUGCACAGUCAGAAGGAGCGGGUGGAGAGCGAGUUUGCAAAGCUGUACAACUUCCUAGUUGAGGAAGAGGAGGAACUCUUGCAGAGGCUGAAGGCAGAGGAGAGGCAGACCCUGAAGAGGCUGGAUAGAAAUUUAACCCGACUCUCAAAGCAAAACUCCUCGCUGAAACAGCUGGUUAAGGAGAUCAAGUCAAAGAGCCAGAAGGCGCCUGCUGAACUUUUGAAGGAUGUGGAAAAUGUGUUAGCAAGGACGGAAAACGUGACGCUGUUCGAACCGGAAGUCGUUCCUACGGAACUGAAGAACGUUUACAACAUUCCUUGCCUUGACAUGAUUCAGAUCUUAACCAAAUUCAAAGUGGACGUGUCUCUGGAUCCAACCACAGCGCAUCCAAGUCUUUUGGUCUCCACAGACAGGAAAAGUGUGGAAUACAGAGGAUCCUGGCAGCUGCGGCCUCCAGACGACAAUAACAACACAGAGAGAUUUGACACUUAUGUCCUUGUCCUGGGCUCCGAGGCGUUCACCUCCGGGAGGCACUACUGGGAGGUGGAGGUGGGAGACAGCCCAGAAUGGGACCUGGGGGUUUGUAGGGAAUCGGUGAGCAGGAAGGGGCAGCAAACCAUUUUCUCCCCCAUAAGUGGGUACUGGAGGCUGUGGCUCCGGAAGGGAGACCAAUACAAGGCUUUGAUUUCCUGCCCUACGCUGCUCCCCGUGAACACAAGGCCAAAGCGGGUGGGAGUUUUCCUGGACUAUUCCGAAGGGGAGGUUUCCUUUUACGACGUGACCGAGAGAACCCACAUUUACACGUACAUCGGGACCUUCUGUGGCCCCCUGCGGCCCUUCUUUAGCCCCAGCCGCCAACAGAAAGGGGCAAACGGGGCCCACCCCUUGCUUAUCUGCCCAGGCCCAAAAGCAAGAAUGAGCAAAAAAACGGCUACCUCUGCACUAAACUAGAGCUUCUCCCAACCCGUGUCAUUCGUGUUGAUUCAAACAGUAAAAGGCAGCCAUUGUCCUGCUUGCCAGCUGCCUCCCACAUCCCCUCCCGUCUUCAACUCUAUCCUGACUGACAGUAGGCCCCACUGUUGCAUGGUCUUGCAGCCCCCCCCUAAUUAUCGUCCCUCGCUUUUGAUAGGGGAAACGGCCACUCUAGACUCCGAACUCAGUGAGUGUGUUUCGAAAGCCAAAACAGCCCCCAUCUGUUUCCGCUUUCCAUUCAAGUGGCAAGAGAACUUCCUAACAGUAAGAGCUGUUCCGACAGUGGAAUUUGCUGCCAAGAAGUGUGGUGGAGUCUCCUUCUUUGGAGGUCUUUAAGCAGAGGCUUGACAGCCAUUUGUUAAGAAUGCUUUGAUGGCGUUUCCUGCUUGGCAGGGGGUUGGACUGGAUGGCCCUUGUGGUCUCUUCCAGCUCUAUGAUUCUAUGAGAAGCCUUUUUCUCCCCUCUCUCCUCCAGACAACUUGCACUCUUAGGAGGAAAAUCCGUAGCAAAUUUGUCUUGAAAAUCCAUUUAUGACGACACUACAACUCCUAAAUAUAAUCAUCCCCCACUUUGAGGUUUCAGUGUGACAGUGGCGGAGGAAGCCGCUGCAUCACCCAGGGCAGCAAAUCGCCGUGCACUGGGGGUUGAGGGCGUCGCUCGUAGGGCGCAUGCAUCACUACGUAAUAACGCAUGCGUCGCUACGUAACGAAGCUGCGCAUGCGCACCACGUAGAGGGCGAGCCUCCAGGCAAAAAGCCCGCUCAGCGGACCGCCCCUACGCCCCUGCAGUGAGAUAAGAAUGAACAGCUUCCCUAUAGACCUGUAGGGCCCUGCCCUGGUUCUCUUCACCUGGCUUGGGGCGGGGCCUGACAGGCUCCAUAAACAUAAAGGAUUGCGACUGCUGCUGCUGCUGGGCAGAGAGGGCUCAGUUUUUGUUUUCUAAAUUGCUUUUAUUUUUCAUCUAUAUCGUUUUAAAUUGUGAUUGAUAUUAAUGCUGUAUUCUUAGUUUUAGAUUUUAUGAUUCAUGUGGAAAUUUUUUUCCACUUGGUUGUGUACUUUUUGAUGUGUUAUUCAUUGCUUGAGACUUUUGUUAUGUUGGUAAUUAUGUAAAUCUUGUCAUGUUGUAAGCCGCCUUGAGCAUUGUUUUAACUAUGGAAAGGCGGCAUAUAAAUAAAAUGAUGAUGAUGAUGAUGAUCAGUGGGUAUAGGGCAGUAUAUACAUUUAAUAAAUAAAUAAUAAUAAUAAAGACUUGAUCCUACCUUAUUCUCUGUAUAAUAAUAAUAAUGAAACCCUUAUCAUGAAUCUUCUUGGUAAAAUUUUCAGUGUUGGAAGGGCCAUCUAGCUCAACCCCCUGCAAUGCAGGAAUCUUUUGCCCAACGUGGGGCUUGAACCCACGACCCUGAGAUUAAAAGUCUCAUGCAUCUUCAUUCCAAUUUACUUAAUAAGGACAAGCAAUGGAUCAUUAGUUAAGUGUCUGGUAUUUCCUGGCACAGAAGACCAGCACUGUAUUCAACAUUUGACCCAUUUUAUUUAUUUAUUUUUAAACUACACACACACACACA